CAAGCUUCUCGGUACCAAGAGUUCGUUUAAGCUCGAAUUAAUAGAUCUAGAGAUAUCCACUUUCUUAUCUUUCUCCCUUGACGUGGAUCUAAAAAUGCACAUGGUAUAAUAGUGCCAGAAACUGUUCUUCUCCAUUCCCCUGUAUGAGAAAAGAUACUUGCUGCUUAUGUACCUAAUCUCGACUCCAGAACGUCUAGCACCAGUUCAGAACCCCAACAUUUUAAGCUAUUCAUCUUGGCAGCAGCACUCAGCAUUCAACCUCAAUUUAUUUCUUGGUGAAUUGAAUUUUAUCGCUAUUCUGAGAAGCAGAGUGUAGGACCAUUGUCCCCGGACAUGUCCGAAUGCGGGAGCUCCUUUGGCAUGGCGCAAUAAGGGAGGUGCAGCUUCGAGAAGUACUUAAUUCAAUGGUAUGCUGUCUUGCAAAGUUUUCUCAGGUCGAGAUUUUUGACUCCUUAAAACUUUCUUUCAUUUCCUAAAGUUAUAGAAAACUAAUCGUCACGAUGUUUUCCACGCUCCUUCCAUUCGUUGCCCUUGCGACUCCAGUCUUUUCCGCCAUUUUGUCAAAUGGCACUGCCUCAGCUUUAGCAACUGACGAUCAAUUGUCAUGCACCACAUCCUUCGAUUCAACAAAACCCUUAACUGUUAUUACGUCCGUUGAGACAUUGACAUCAACCCAGAUCGAUACUAGCAUAAUCACUUCCACUCCUUCAAUUUCCUUGACCUUGAUGCCUACCACCCUUACAGUGGGUGAAUUCACCACAAUUACUGAAACAACAACAAUUCCUCAAGUUACCGACACUUUUAGCAGUAUAUCGACUAUCCUGGAUACAGUCAUCCUAACAAAUACUAUUGUUGAGACCAAGACUAAUACCGUCACCAUGACAGUCACUGGAAGUCCAUCAACCGUUUCCAUUGCAGCUAAGAAUGGCUUCACACCGAUUGCCUCAUCCAACGUUUCUCCAGUCAAGCGUGACGAAUGUGGACCUGUUCGGCCUCCUCAGGAACCAGUCACCAUCACAGUCACUGUGACAUCUACCCUUACUUAUGAAAAGGAUACAUACUAUACUGUUACCCAGCCAGGCCAAUUGAAUAAUCAAGAGCCAACCACCUUGAAGUCGUUCACGAAAACCGCCUCAGCUUUUCAAUAUAGUUCAAAGAAUGAAGAACAAAGUACAGGAAAUCGAGGACCAGUCCCAUCUUCAUCUUUUUCUAGACAUUAUUACUACAACACUACAUCUCAGUACAUUGCCGGCUCCGGCUCUGCACCAACAAUCAUCAAAACGACUGGCACAGCCAUCAGCGGCAACAUCAGUCCAAUUCAAAAUGCGACGUCUUCAAUCUAUGUACCAACUGGUGUCACGACUUCCAGUAGAGUUAGCCUUACUCCUAUAAUCAGCGCAAACUCAACUAUCAGUUCUGGCACUGCAUACAGUAGUUCGAUACCAACAUCCACAAUUCCCCUCCUUGGAAUCAGCACAUCCUACCCAGCAUUCAUUGGAUGCACAUCAACCAUAAAAAUUGAAUCCACCACCACAAUUACGGAAAUAGCGUCUUCAACAAUCACCAACCUCGCCACUCCCUACAUCACGGAAAUCUCCACCUCCACCAUCACCACAACUACGAGCGUAAUGCUCGCUGAUGCCUCCACAACCCUAAUCUCCACCCUCAUCUCCACAAUCUCCAACACCAUCGCCGCAACCUCCACCACCACCGUAACCAGCACCCAGACCAUCAGCCAAAUCUCCGGCGCAACCCCCACUGUCUACGCCGCCUGCGGCCCCAACAACGUCAUCUCAUCCUUUAACGGCCAAUCCAUCACUCAAAACCGCUUUCUCAAUAACGUCCUCGCGGCCACUACUGCUGCCUCAGCAUAUGAUUGUUGCGUUGCUUGUCAGACAAAUGCAGGAGGCUGUGCUGGAUCGUUAUUCCUGAACUCAGGGAGUUGUUAUUUGUCUGCUAGUGCCGGGACGUGUGAUGGUAGUGUUGUGGCGAAUUAUUUUUAUACCUCUGCCGCGGGGACUUCGGCUACUAAUAAUGCGUUUUAUGUCUCCAAUGGACCGUGUGGACAGCAGCAGUAUCAUUCGAUGGGGUAGUUAGUUUGUUUGAGGUGGAAAUGUACAGAAAGGUGUAUUUGUGUGUUUGAUUAGAGAUGAUUUAUUAGUAUAGUAUAGAUAGGAUAGAAUAGAAUGUGUA